AUGUUGAUUUCAUCUCCUGGAUACGCUGUCUUGGAUUCUCGGUGUGGAAAGACGAUCGUAGGUGCCAAUACUCUGAAGUCGUUUCGAGAACUGUGGACAAAAGCCGGAGUUCCACAACCUCAACUCCAACAUGAGGAGAACGUUUUCAGGUAUGGAAAUGGUGCCUGUGAGAAGUCUUCAGAGAUAGUGGCAAUGCCCAUCUGUCUGGCGGAGAAGCGUGGAGCUGUGUCGGCCGCUGUGGUCCAGGGCGAUGCCCCACUCCUGCUGUCGAGGCCUGCAAUGAAGAAGUUGGAAGCUGAGAUGAAUUUCCAUACUGAUGAACUGAAGCUGUUCAAUGGGAAGACCAGCGUCCCCAUGAGCCUGAAUGCAGCUGGGCAGUAUAUGAUCCCGGUCUGCAACUUUGAGCCCAAUGAGAACUCCGUGUGCGUGGCUGCCCAUCAGCCUGAUGCCGAUCCUGUGUAUGCCGCCCAGAGCAUCACCGACCAAACUGCAGUUCGUGGCCAGACUGGUCUAUCUGCCGAUCUGUUGACGGGUUGGGAUUUCAGAAGAGCUGAUCACCGAAAGUCCAUGCGUGAAAUUGUAGGAAGUGUGAGUAGAUAUGUUGGACAAUACACUGCCAAGUUUGUCCCUGCCGUCAUGGACAGCGUGCCCAGUCUGCGAAGCGAGGCGUAUGGCCGGCUCAGUUUGUCUUUGGUCGCAAUCCUAAGAUACCAGAGUAAGGUUGGUCGCAACUUUGUGGUGGUGCACAAGAGGCAGGUAAUUAGAUGCGCUCCUGAACGGAUCCGAGCUGCCAGUCGACAAUAUUUUGACUUGAUUCCUCAAGGGUAUCCCACCGAAGAACGGCCAGAAGCAGUCCCAGUGGAAGCCCCAGCCCAGUCUGAAGACCGGGCUCCAGCCAUGUCUCUUAGUGAUCGCCUGAAUGCUGAGCCUGCCAGACCCGCCGCCAUGGCUGGAAUUCCACACACCAAUCAAGAGCCUGGACAACAGAAGACGAUCAAUGAAGCCAAGCUGGCUGAGUGGCAUGUCACCGAGGGAAAGGGGGGUGGUAGACUGAUUCAAGGUCCUGAAGCUGAACAUGUUCGUCACAAGUUGUCUCACAGAAUCAUGGAUAGCCGUUUUGUGGUCACCUUGAAGCAAGAAGAAGAUGCCCCUGUGAAGAUAAAGGCUCGAUGGUGUUUGCUUGGUCACCGAGACCCUGAUCUUUGA